UUUAUAAACAAGACAGAAAAUUUAUUGCAAAAUUUUAUAAAUAAAAUUAUAGUUUUUUUGUGCUAAAAAUUAUCUUUGAUAACAAUUAAUAAUAAACGACUUGAUAGAUUUCUGAAUUUUUUACCAAUUAAGUGUUUUAGAACCCGAAAAUUAGUGACAGAUAUUGCCGUACAGUGUAAGUUGCUUAUGUUGUUAUAUGUAUUGUAUUUUUUUUUCAUAAAAAUUUACGAAUAUAUUAAAUAAUCUAUCGGCAAAGUGAAGAUUUAUUAAAAUUGAAUUAUAUUGUUUUACUUUCAAGUGUUUAUCUAAGCUAAAGCAAAACCGCAUUCAGUGAAAAAUACUUUUUCGUGUAUAUUGUUCGAAUUUUUGACAGUUGUUUUGACGUUUCACCGUCGCCAUCGUGGGUGUCUAUAUAACAAGUGUGUGUGUAUGUUAACUUGUUCUGCCAUAUUGUAUCCAUAUUAUUCAAGAUUGUUGAAAAAUUUCAAUUUUAUUAAAAAAUUAUUCAGCUAAUAAUCGUGCGGUCGAUGAAUAAAAUCAAGUGUUUAUGAAGUAAAAAUUAAUUUGUCAAUCACUUCCAGUCGUAAGGACAGGAUUUAUAUCAAUAUUUCUGGGACCUUGAAAACAAAGGUGCAAAAUGUCGGCGGGUCCCUAUAAUUAUUCAUAUAUUUUCAAAUAUAUCAUCAUAGGUGAUAUGGGAGUAGGAAAAUCAUGUUUACUUCAUCAAUUUACGGAAAAAAAGUUUAUGGCUGAUUGUCCACAUACAAUUGGUGUUGAAUUUGGAACUAGAAUUAUUGAAGUAGCGGGACAAAAAAUAAAAUUACAGAUUUGGGAUACUGCAGGACAGGAAAGAUUUCGAGCAGUUACGAGGUCAUAUUAUCGUGGCGCGGCAGGUGCACUGAUGGUAUAUGACACUACUCGUCGCUCCACUUAUAAUCACCUGAGUAGCUGGCUUACUGAUACUAGAAAUCUCACUAACCCUAGUACUGUGAUAUUUAUGAUUGGAAACAAAAGCGAUCUAGAAGAUCAAAGAGACGUGACUUAUGAGGAGGCGAAACAAUUUGCCGAUGAAAAUGGUCUUAUGUUUGUUGAAGCCAGUGCAAAAACUGGACACAAUGUUGAAGAGGCAUUCUUGGAAACAGCAAAGAAAAUUUUCCAAAGCAUAGCUGAUGGAAGAUUGGACUUGAACGCUGCGGAAUCUGGAGUUCAACAUAAUCCAAGUCAACCAGGUCGCAAUAAUUUACAAGUGAACAGUGAACAACAAGGAGGCAAAGACUCUUGCUCUUGUUAGGCCAUUUUUUGUCUGUAUAUAGGUCAUUUAUCGCGUUAACAGUUUACACUAAUGCAUAUACAAAAAAAAAAUAUAUAUAUAUAUAAAUAUUAUAUAUAUAUAUAUUAUUUACACUAAAAAAAUGCAAGCAAAAAAUUUUGUCCUUUUUUUUUAAACUGUGGACUUUUUGGGUAAGCAUAAUGUAAAUGCUAUAUAUGAAAGAAUGAAUGUUGUAUAGAAUGUUCCAUUUUCUAAAUGGCAAAUAUUGCAAAAAUUUGCAAAAGUAAAACUUCAUAAUGUAUUUAUAUAUAAGUUUCUCCAUUUUUUGAUUUGAAUGAAAGAAAAACAAUAGAUUGUAGAUUCACUAUUUGCAAAAGGAGAUUAAGAAAAAAAAAAAAAAGAAAAACAACAACAAAUAAAUAACGCGAAUUGUGAUGUGUUUUAAAUGAAUGUUUUAAGAAUGUCUAUUAAUUCUUUUUUGGAUAUUAAAAAUCCAUUUAAUGAUGUCUGGAAAAAUUCAAUGUCGCUCGUGUUUCUUUUUUUUUUUUUUGAAAAUUAUAAGAAUCUGCUAAAAAAAAAAAAAGAAAGAAAAAUUAUGGCGGAAAAUCACAAUUUUUCUAAUUUUAAUGCAGAUGAGAACAAAAAAACAUUAAUUAAUUAAAUAAAAUUUGAAUUAAUCAAAUUUUUCUUUUACAUUUUUUUUUAAAUUUAAUUUUAUGAUUUUUAAAAUUUUCAUUUCAAAAAUUUUAACAGAGAAAAAUAUUUUGUGAUUUUCCGAUAUUUGUUAGGAUCUUGUUGUUGCUCGUGUCCAAUAAAAAUUGUGUUAUUGAUACAUUAAAAAAAAAAAAAAAAAAAAAUUGUAUAGGCGUCCAGUUUUUAGAGUAUAUAUAUAUAUAUACUAUAUAAUUCCUUGGUGUACUACAAGAAUCGAACCGCAAGGUCCCAUCGUGAAUGGUUCAUUAAUAAGAAUUUUACAAUAUUAAUCAGAGCGAAUAGAAAUUUUUUUUUAAAAGCCAAACUUGUAAUUCAAAGAAGUAUCCGAUAUAAUAAACACAGAUCAUGAGAUCUGUGUCCUUUUAAUUGUAUUUCCAUGCUACACACAUAAUUAUAUAUAUAUAUAUAUGAAAUAGAAUCGCGAACAUUUUAAUUAGACGUUUUUCCUUUCUCUUUAUUGGGAACACCUGGGCAUUUGUAUAUAUAUAUUAAAAUAAUUACAAACAGUAAUAUAUAAAAUGCAUAUAUAAUAUAAAUACCCUUAUUAUUAUUAUUAUAUAUAAAAACAAAAAUUUACAUCAAACAUGAUUGGGCCUAAUUGAGGGGGAUAUCUUGUUUAAAUGACACCAUGUUGAUUUUUUAUUAUAAUCAUAUCAAAAUAAAUAUCCAUAAAUGAUGACUUUAUAAAAGUUAACAGUAUUUUCAUUUAUGGUCAUAAUAAUAAUAAUAAUAAUAAUAAUAAUAAUAAUAAUAAUAAUAAUAAUAAUAAUAAUAAUAAUAAUAAUAAUAAUAAUAAUAAUAAUAAUGAUAAUAAUAAUGAUAAAAAUUGUGAGAAGUAAAACUUAAAGAAAAAAAAAACUUCAUAGUUAUACACGUUAGCGAAUUGAAACUUUAGAAAGAAUCUUUAAUAUCUACCAUAUGAAUAAUUCUACAUAAAGCAUUAAAUGUUUUUGUUUUUAAUAAAUUGUCGAACAUUCUAUA